AAGCUCCUUAAAAUACCUAGGUAGGUAGGUAUACUGGCAAAUCAUCAACUAUUCCUUCUACAUAACUAUUUCCUAAAAAAAAACAACUACCAUUCUUCUCAUCCCAAUUAAUAAAAAUAAAAAAAACAUCUUUAAUAAGGCGCUUAUCCAUCAUCUCAUCCCAUCCCAUCCCAUCUCAUCUCAUCAUAUCAUAUCCUUCAGCUUCGUACUCCUAUUUACAAAGAGUCGUAUUUAAAAGAAAGCGCAAGGUGACUCACACAAGGCGACCAAUCAAGCCGUCAAGAUGCCCUUCGACACCGAGCUGACGCGCCGCCUGGGCAUCAAGAUUCCUGUUGUCCAGGGUGGCAUGCAGCACGUUGGAUAUGCUGAGUUGGCCGCUGCAGUGUCAAACGCGGGAGGAUUGGGUAUCCUUACAGCCUUGACACAGCCCACACCUGAGGAUCUGAGAAAGGAGAUCCGGCGGUGUAGGGAGAUGACCAAAUACCCGUUUGGCGUCAACAUUACGCUAUUGCCUGCACUUGUGCCCCCAGACUACGCUGCGUACGCCCAGGUCGUUAUCGACGAGGGGGUCAAGAUAGUAGAAACUGCCGGCAACAGCCCUGGGCCAGUCAUCUCCAAGCUGAAGGCCGCCGGUCUCAUUGUUCUCCACAAAUGUACUACCAUUAGACACGCACAGAGUGCCAUCAAGCUCGGCGUCGACUUUCUAUCCAUAGACGGGUUCGAAUGCGCAGGACACGUGGGCGAGUCAGACAUCACCAAUUUCAUCCUGCUUAGCAAGGCGCGCCAGACGCUUAAGGUGCCAUUCAUCGCCUCUGGGGGCUUCGCCGAUGGUGAAGGACUGGCGGCUGCCCUGUGUCUCGGUGCAGAAGGUAUCAAUAUGGGUACCCGGUUCAUGUGCACUGUCGAAGCACCUAUCCACCAGAAGAUCAAGGAAGAGAUCGUCAACGCCCAGGAAACCGACACUGCCUUAGUCAUGCGAAGGUGGACUAAUACCACCCGGUUGUACCGUAACAAGAUUACGGACCAAGUCGUGAAAAUCGAAAAGGAGAGCAAGACCGGCGAAUUCGCCGAGAUCGCCCCUUAUGUAAGCGGGAAACGAGGCCGGGAAGUAUUCAUAAAUGGAGAUGCCAACUUUGGUGUAUGGACUGCCGGCCAAGUCAUCGGACUGAUCCAUGACAUCCCGACUUGUGAUGCCUUACUGAAAAGGAUAGAGAAGGACGCGGAGGCCACACUGACUUCGAAGCUCGCGUUGGCGAAACCCCAGAGCAAGUUGUAAAAGCGCACACUCUGUGAAACGUCUCAACAAGAGUAUUUCCAUUUAGGGGUCUGGCUUUUUGAGAUUUGCGGCGUUAUGUAUUAGCAGCAUACUGUAAGUUAGUUAGAGUCUAAUGUUACUUACUUAGCCUUAGCCUCCAUACAAGACACCAAUGUAGGUUUACAUAUUAGGGGUCUAUACUAAUGAAUUCGACCAUGGCCCCCUC